AGCAGGUAUAAAACCCUACCAUGGGAUCCUCAAUUCUCCUCAUCUUCAAAUCCUCGACUCCGACUUCUGUUCCUACUCAUUUCAACAUCAAUCGAAAAAAGUUUAUCAGAUAGAUCGAAUCAGUUCAAUUUUGGUAAUAUCGCAUAUUGGCAUUAGAAGAUGAGAUCGCCGUCAAAAUCCGUAACAAAAAGGGUAAGAGAUGCUGAAUCUGAGUUGAAUUUGCCUCCCGGUUUCCGGUUUCACCCAACCGACGAAGAGCUCGUUGUUCACUAUCUCUGUCGCAAAUCCCAAACGGCGGAGGAGAUUUAUGGUGUUGCUCCACCACCGCCGAUCAUCGCCGAUGUUGAUCUCUACAAACACGAUCCAUGGGAGCUUCCUGAUUUGGCUCUGUUUGGAACAAACGAAUGGUACUUCUUCACGCCAAGAGACAGGAAAUAUCCUAACGGAUCAAGACCAAACCGGGUCACAGGAAACGGGUACUGGAAGGCUACCGGAGCUGAUAAACCCAUAAAGCGAAAAUCCGACCCGAAUACCAUCGUUGGAAUCAAGAAAGCCUUGGUAUUUUACACAGGAAAAGGCGUUAAAGGUAUCAAGACGAAUUGGAUCAUGCAUGAGUAUAGACUUCCGAUGCUAAACACUACUCCUUCUAAACACACCACCAUUUCCAAGUUGGACGAUUGGGUUCUAUGUCGUCUUUACAACAAGAAGAACAAUCCGAAAGUGAAGAUCAUAUCUGAAGACAAUAGCAUUCAUCAUAUACGUGAUCUUCAUCCUAUAUCACCAUUAGAUGAAUCACAAAGUAACAACAGCGAUAGUAUGACUUCAGAUGGUGAAUUUGGUGGUAACUUUGAAGGUGAUGUCAUGUUCUUAAGCGACUUGCCACCUGAAUCUUUGACCAAAGUCAAAGGUACAAGUGAGCAAAGCAGCAUAGAAGAAAUGGUAAAUUUGAUGCAAGGAGGUGAUGAUGGGAAUGAGUGGCUUGACAGCUUGAGUUUGGAAGAUUUGAAUCAUUGGUUGGAAGCAAUGCCUCCUAAUCAUGAUGUUUAUGAAUUGCCAAUCAUUUAUAACCCAAAUCAACAAUAUUUUUUCAAUUAGGGUUUUAAACAUAUUAGUAGGAGUAGGUUCAUGAGAUUUCAUUCAUUAGAUUCAUGAGAUUUCAUUCAUGUAUAUACCAUUGAAUUCUUGAGUAG